AUGAGCGGCGAUACGGAACCUCGCCCAUGUCGGCGAUGCAAGACACCAACCGUCUUGAAAGUGAGGAAGGACCCUCUUUGCGAGACCUGUUAUGAGCAGCACAUUGUCCAAAGAGUCGUGAAACGCCUCUCCCAGCCAUACCGCGAUGUGAAGGACAAGCUGGGCAAUGCGCCCGACGCAAGAGCAAAAUACCUCCUCGGCCUCUCCUUCGGCCCCUCCUCGGCCUCGUUGAUCCAGGUCCUCGACAAGAACCUCCAAGGUCUGAAGGAGAAGAACCUGCGCGUCGCGUACGAGGUGCAUGUCGUCCACAUCGACACUGACCUGUCAAACGCACAAAGCUCGGACGAUUUCGCGGCUGUGACCUCACCGGCAGGCCUGCUCCUUGAAAAGUACAAGGCACAGUUCCCCAACCUGUCGAUGCAGACCGUCCCGCUAGGUGACGCCCUCAAGCUGGAUACGAUAGAUUGGUCUGUCUUGCUCGCGAGACAGCCCGACGUCGCUCACGCGCAGCAGCUCAGGGGCCUUCUCGAGGCCCUGCCGUCCGUCACGUCGCGGGUGGAUAUCAUGAGGCUUCUGGUGCGGAAUCUGCUCCUGUCGCUAGCCGUGAAGAACGAGUGCCACGCGCUGCUGCUGGGAUGCACAACGACCGCACUGGCCGAGUUGACGCUCGCUGAGACAGCCAAGGGCCGCGGGUUUGCGGUGCCAUGGCAAGUCGCCGACGGUCCUGUCCCCGUCACGACGUUCCCUCGUGCCAGGGAGCAGGGCGCAGAGAGUCAAGCUGUCAAGGGAACCGAGAAGACGAUGCUUCCAGUAUACUACCUUCUUCGAGACGUUUUUAGGCGGGAGGUCAUCACAUAUGCCGGUCUGAUACCGUCUCUGAAGGAUCUCAUUCAGGAAGCAGGACGCAGCAGCAACGCUGUCGUCUCGCACAAGGAGCUUAGCAUUGAGGAUGUCAUGGCCCGGUACUUUGAAGAGGUGGAGGAGAGCUACCCUUCCGUCGUCGCCAACGUCGUUCGCACCAGCGGCAAACUUACACGAGAGAGCGACGGCGAUGCGUGUGCGGUCUGCGGCAUGGAUGUGGACGCGCAGGGUGACGCCCGGUGGAAGGGUGAAAUUGGGGAGGAUAUCGAUGAUAGCAGGAAGCAGACUGCAGGGAAACUUUGUUAUGGAUGCGAACGGUCUGUAUAUGGAUAG